CGAGUUCUGCGAUCGAAAAGAUGGCAGCGCUCUUUGAGGUUUCCACGCUUUGCUCACUAAGUGUAGAGCAAAACAACACAGAAUCGGGAAUACAAGGGAUCGAGUUGGAUAGGGAUAAUGAUCAUGUCGUUGUUACGGACUCUAAUAGAUCCGUCACGUUAUAUAAGGUCUCCGACCAGAAGCCCUUGGGUAGCUGGACAAUGAAGCAGGGCCAGAGAAUAACUUGCCCAGCCGUUUAUAACUCCAAAACAGAAGAGUACGUGGUAGUGACAGAUGAUAAGGUUGUAAGAGUUUGGAAAGAUGACGACAUCAAUAUUGACAAGGCAUUCAAAGCUACUGUGUCCGCCGACGUGUGGAGGAUCCACUCGGCCCCCGGCCAAGAGCCAGUGGUUCUCUUCCAGAGAGGGGCCACGCGCCUCCUGGACGCGCUGUUGGCCGAGCCCCAGCAGGACGUGGAGAACGUCAUCUCAGACGACGAGGUCAUCAGGUGGAGUACUUUUAUCACAUCAGGCAGACAACAAUGGGUUCUCUUCAUCACAGAACAGAAAGGGGAGCACUUUCUGCGUGUGCAGAAUCUUUUCGACAUGGCGAGAGCAGCGUAUCGUUUGGAGGGCACGGGCUCUGCUCCUCUUAGCUUCUCUGCCUCACCCCGCAGUGGCAACCUACACGUCCUCAGCCUAUAUCCGGACGGCUGCGUGUACGUGAGCGUGGUGCCCAUGAGGUUGCCCGGCGGUGCGCAGGGCGAGGUGCUGCCCCUGCCCAGGACCCUGCUCCUGCGGCUGCCCCUGGGGGGCGCUGCGCUGGCGUCGGCCUCUGCCGUGGCCCUGGACGCGGCCCACGUGGCGGUGGUGGGCGUCCCUCAUCCGUCGGCCGGGGCGGGCAAAGAUUACCUCUGUAUUUGGAACACCAAUUUUCAGACUCUGCAAGCUGGGAAGGAAAUGGCCGGAAGAAUAUAUGGACAGUUGUGGUGCUACAGUGGGAAGCUGUACGUUCCUCAUGGAAAGGCUUUGUCUGUAAUCCCCUUUGAGUGUCAGAAAUCCUCCUUGGCCGCUGCUCUGGGGAAACUCAAACAGUCUGGAGGCUGCGAGGUGGCCCCUCCCGUCCCUUUACCGUCGUGGGGGGCAGAGACUCCCGAGGACACGUCCGCUGCUGGGAUGGAGACGCGGAAGAAUAAGUUAACACGCAAAAGCCAAGGAGCCCCCAGCGUAACCGCUGACCAGUUAAUUCAACAGAUCAAGACGGGCUCGGAGGAGGAGGUCCAGAAGGCGGUGGCGUCCUUCAUCUCCAAGUCGGAGCUCCCGGCUCUGCAGCUGGCCGUGGGGAACCUGGCGUCCGCUCUGGUGGCGCGCAGCCUGGCCGAGCCCUCCUACUACCCGCACAGCGUCCUGGUGCAGCUGGUGCACACGCAGUGUCUCUGCCACAGUGUAUGUCCUGACCUCCUGAAGCUGGCUCUGGAGAAGAAGGACUAUGCCCUGUGUCAGUUCUGUCUGCAGGCCUUCCCAGACAUUCCGGAGGCCCUCACCUGUGCUUGCCUCAGUGUCUUCCUCAGCACCCCAGACAGUGAGCUGGAGGCUGUUCCCCUGGAGACGGACAGCGUAGCGUUCGUGGAGGGCCUCAGUGCCACGACGGCGGCGGAAAACAAGGAGGAGGAGGAGGAGGAGGAGGAGGAGGAAGAGGGGAAAAAGGGGGAAGAGACCCGGCAGAACGGCUUCAGCACGGCGGCACCGCAGGAGGAGAACAGCUGUGAGGCCCAGCUCCCGCAUCACCAGAAACCCAAGCUGACCAGCACCAUGCGGCUGGACAUGACGAGGCCUAUUGGGCUACACAGAGCGGUGCUACUAAAUGAAAUCGUACAGACUCCAUACAGUGAGAGCUUCCUGUUGCCCCAUCUAAAGGAACUCACCACACCACACGUCAUACUCUAUCUCCAGUACUUACAGUUUUUGUAUGUGAAGUACUACCAAGACAUCAACACACGGGUCCCUGCGUUGAGGUCACCGACAAUGUCACAGAUCAUUGACUGGGUUUGUCUGCUCGUGGAUGCCCAUUUCACGGUCUUAGUCAUGGCUCCAGAGGCGAAAGAGUUGAUAACAGGCCUUCACAGAUUUGUGAAGGCACAGACGAGGUUAUUUGCUGACCUGGGGAAAAUCGAGGGCAGUCUUCAGGCCCUGAAGAAAGCCAAGCAGCCCAAGGAUAACGGCCAAUACUCUAUUGAAGUGAUUGAGUUGUUUUAAACCAAUUGUACAGACUCUUUUAAACAAAUAUACCUGUGCUCCUCCACCAUGAAUGAUGACAUUUUUCAAUAAAUGACACAAGGUUUGUGUUUGCCAAAUCUGUUGACAUUGCAACAUUGUUAUUAUGUAUUUAUAUAGGACAGGCCGACAACAUGAAUUGGAAAUAGAAAAAAUUAAUUGCAAAUUACAGCCAGAAUUAUUGUGUUCCAAAGAGUGUAGUUGCUUUUUAAGCCAACGUGUUUUAGGGGUCACUUAUUCUGUUACGAAGAUAAUGUUAAGAACUGUCAUACAAGCAGAGCAUGUGAUGCAUUGCCCUAUUUUUGUAGAAGAGUACUUUUACAACCAGAUUUAAAACCAGUGUUUGAUGAUUACAUGUUUUAUGUUUGCAUUGUUCCAAUUGUAUCUUAUAGAGAAUGUCACAUACAGUGUUGUGUGUAAUUCAGAUGUCCUUUUGGUUUUCUUAAUGUGAUUUUCAACGAAUAUAAUGGAAUUUUCAUAUGAAUGCA